UUCCGAGCAAUUUCCGGGCGCCAGGUCGUGUCGCCAUGAAAUGGGCACCUGAAUUCGCCAUGAGAUAAAUUUCUUUGUCAUUUCCUCUUUUUCCAUCGAGAGCACAACACAGUGCACGUGCUUCUUGUUGAAGCAGGACACAGAACGCGGGGGACAUUCCAAAACAGUACGCGGGCUCUGUGACAAGCGGUCUAAGUGGAACCAGACAUCACCUUCAGUCACAGCUUUGUGGAUUCCUGUUUUGAGCAACUUUGUAUCCACAGGAAAGAAUGGAAAUGAAAGCACGGAUUGAAAAUGGCGUCGUCUACUCGCCCUAUCCUGACGUUUCGGUUCCCGAUAUAUCUCUUUACGCCUGCAUCAAGCGCUACAUCCAGAAACACGGGGACAACGUAGCCGCGAUCGAAGGAGAUCGGCAAUGGACAUUCAAUGACAUACUGAGGUGCAUCGAACGAUAUGCUGCUGGAUACCAGUCAAUAGGGAUAGCAAAAGGAGACCGAGUUUGUGUGUACCUGGUAAACAGUUUCGAAAGUUUGCUUGCCGUGUACGGAAUCAUCGCAGCAGGAGGAGUUCUUAUCACUGCCAAGCCAUCCUUGACACAUAGAGAACUGUUGUACCAGCUAAGCGACAGCGACAGUACGUACAUCUUAACUGACAAAGAAAAUGCCGGAAAAGUUACUGAAGCGAAGGACCAGCACAAGCUAAAGGCUCUCUUGUGCAUGGAUGCCUUACCAGGCUUUAAGUGGGUUCAGCAGUUCAAAGACCUCCCGGAAUCGUCCUUUAAGGACGUACCGAUCGAAAAUCCCAAAGAGGAAUUGGUUGGCAUUGUCUACACAUCCGGAACGUCUGGUCUGCCGAAAGGCGUGCUGAUUACACAUUACGGAUGGGUGACCUGCAUUGUUGAAACUAUAUACAGUUACCCAUUCACCGAGGAGAAGACAAUGAUCAGCUGGAGCCCAAUAAGCCACGCAUCUGGCAUAUUAUCCAAUCUUGUUUGCUUUACCUGUGGAGUAACAUGCGUGAUGGUUGACACGGCAAUCACCGUCGGACAGUUUGUAGAAACUGUGAACAAGCACAAGGUUGAGUCAGCCUACUUCUUUCCAACACGGCUCCAGGCAUUCGUCAAUGUCAUGGAAGCAGCUGGGUACAAGACGCCUUCCAUAAAAUCCAUUAUUGUUGGCGGCAGUGUUAUUUCUCCAAGCGUCGCACAAAAAGUCUUGAAGGUGUUCAAUCUUGAGUGUUUCAAAAAUUUGUACGGACUCACAGAAGCCUGCGGACUGAUCUGUGCAACGCCUGCCCAUACCAUAUGCUACGAAAAUGUAGGCUUCCCAGCGUCCAUGGUGCAAGUUAAGAUCGUCGAUGUUGUGACUAAGAAAACACUCGGCCCUGGAAAGAAGGGGGAACUGGUCGCGAAGAUGCCAAACAUUAUGAAGGGGUACUACAAGAAACCAGAGGCUACUGCUGAAGUACUCGUUGACGAUGGCUGGCUUCGAACAGGUGACUACGCCUAUUACGAUGAAAACGGCAGGUUCUGUAUCGUGGACAGACUGAAGGAGAUGAUCAAGUGCCUCGACCAGCAGGUGUGUCCCGCGGAAAUAGAGGAGCUAUUGCUUAGUCACCCAGCAGUCGACCAGGCCACAGUCGUCGGAAUACCAAACCCACAGUACGGCGAAGCACCCACAGCUUUCGUCGUUCUCAAGCCUUCAGUUCAAGGAACCAAGGAGCUGAAAGGACAACUAAAUGAACUCAUCAACCGAGAAACUGCAAUACACAAACAUCUCUAUGGAGGUAUUAACUUUGUCGAUCGUCUUCCCAUGACGGAGUCUGGUAAGGUUCGACGGAGCAUACUGUGUCACCUUCAUUCAAAGAAAUCAACAGAAUGAAACCUGAACAAAUAAAGUGUUUAUUUUAUGUACCUAU